AUGGUGCCCGAUGGCGGCGUCAAGGACCAGGAGGCCCCGAGCUCCUCGUCUCCACCCGCUGCGGCGAUAGCGAGGGCGGCACGGCCGCCUAGGCCAGUGAGCUUUAAGACCAAGAGGAUCGCGUGGCACCCGCUCAAGCACCGCCGGUUCCGCGUGGGGGCCACCAAGACGAUGUUCGAGGCCUCAUCGUCCGCUCGGCUGGUAAGGGGAGCCAGAGAGGUGGGGGAGGCUACCACGGCGGCGGCGGCCAUGGGGCCGCCCAAGGAGGACGAGAAGGGGCACAUAUGCGGCAGCUGGAAGAGUGAGGAUGGAAGUUUGUAUUGUGGAUAUUCUAGCUUGAGAGGGAGAAGAGCAAGUAUGGAAGACUUCUACGACAUGAGAUCAUCUAAAAUGGAUGCUAAAAACAUAAAACUUUUUGGAGUAUUUGAUGGACAUGGUGGUUCAUGUGCCGCGGAGUAUCUCAAGGAGCACUUAUUUGAAAAUCUCCUGAAACACCCCUCUUUCAUUACUGAUACAAAAACAGCAAUAAGUGAGAGCUAUACGAAGACUGACUCAGAUUUCUUGGAUGCUGAAACCAAUAUUCAUAGAGAGGAUGGGUCAACUGCAUCAACAGCAAUUUUUGUUGGCAACCACCUCUAUGUGGCAAAUGUUGGCGAUUCACGGGCUGUAAUAUCGAAGGCGGGCAAAGCUAUUGCGCUCUCUGAUGAUCACAAACCAGACAGAAGUGACGAGCGGGAACGGAUUGAAAAUGCUGGAGGAGUUGUUACAUUUAGUGGAACAUGGAGGGUAGGUGGUGUACUUGCCAUGUCUCGGGCAUUUGGAGAUCGUUUGUUGAAGCCGUUUGUUGUUGCAGAGCCUGAGAUUCAGGAACAAGAAAUAGAUGAUGAAUUGGAGUAUCUGAUUUUGGCUAGUGAUGGCCUGUGGGACGUGGUGUCAAAUGAGCACGCUGUUGCAUUUGUGAAGGGGGAGGUGGGUCCUGAGGCUGCGGCCCGAAAGCUGACAGAGAUUGCUUUUGCGCGUGGGAGCACGGACAAUAUAACAUGCAUAGUUGUAGAGUUUCACCGUGCCAAAUAA